GACUGAAGGUUUUUCAUCAUUUCUCUGAACUCCCAUUGCUAUUAAAAGUACAGAAUGGCGUCCAAUGCAAGGCAAAAUUAUCACGAAGAUUGUGAAGCUGGUGUAAACAAGCAAAUUAACUUGGAAUUAUACGCAAGUUAUGUCUAUCUCUCCAUGGCGUACUACUUCGACCGUGACGAUGUGAGCCUGCCCAACUUUCACAAAUACUUCAAGAAAGCCUCGUAUGAGGAGAGAGAACAUGCCGAGAAAUUGCUUGAACUACAAAAUACCCGUGGUGGACGUAUAGUCUUGCAAGAUAUCAAGAGACCUGAACGUGACGAAUGGGGUUCAUGCUCGGAUGCCAUGUCUGCUGCUCUCGCCUUAGAGAAAUACGUCAACCAGGCUUUACUUGAUUUACAUAGUGUUGCUGAGCGCCAUAAUGAUUCACAGUUAUGUGACUUUUUGGAAGGAAACUAUCUACAAGAACAAGUCACAGCCAUCAAGGAAAUAGCUGAUUAUGUUGCACAGCUUAAACGUGUCGGGCAAGGUCUUGGUGAAUACCAGUUCGACAGGUUAACAUUAGGGUCACAAUAAUAUAAUAUAAGCAGCAAAUUACUGUAAUUAUGUUCCGCAGUAGUUGAAUAAGCUGUAAUCGUGCACCUUAUAAAGACGGAAUUUAACUCAUAAAUUUCUAUACACAAAUACUUUAGUACUGGGAAUUGGUUUCAAUUACCAGUACUUAAUCAUGCUAAUUUGUAUUGAAGUUAUAUUUAGUAACUAAAAACGAAUAGGAAAAUUGCCG